AUGGAUUCACAAAUGCCUCAACUGCUGGAAGUGAUUGCAGAUGUCUGCGAAAUCUUUGAGAUCAGCUUACACACGCAAUCACCAUGGGCAAAGGCCUAUCGAGUCACUGUUAAGCAUCUCGAUGGGACUGACGGGGCGUAUUUCAUGAAGGUUUCCGAGGGACACCAUGGCCAUGAGGCACUCAGGGGCGAGUUUGAGGCUACACGGCAAAUGUUCACGAUCGCCCCCGACCUCUGCCCAGAUCCUAUCGCACGAGACACAUUCAAGACCGACCCUGGCUCCCAUUUCUAUAUCUGCAAGUUCUAUGAAAUGUCAGAGGGCGUUCCUGAGCCAAGGUCGUUCUGCGACAAAGUCGCAAAAUUACACUCGGCCCAUACCUCUCCACAAGGGAAGUUCGGCUUUCACGUCACAAAGUACAAUGGAAACCUGCCACAAGACAAUAAUUGGUCCAGCAGCUGGGAAGAGUGCUUCACCAAUGGCAUGAAACAUGUCUUCAAGGUAUGUUGGGGGAGGGCUGGUCCACAACCGGCGCUCGAGGCAAUGCUUCCUGAUUUCUAUGGCAAAGUCAUCAUACGGCUCCUGCGGCCACUGGAAUCUGCCGGGAGGAGACUGCAGCCAUCAUUCGUUCAUGGUGACCUAUGGUGUGGCAAUGCUGCAAUCAUUGACGAGGAUACCGAAGAGGGCAUAUCCUUUGACCCAGCUAGCUUUUGGGCACACAACGAAUGUUUAUGA